GCCUUGGGCUGGGGUGCUACUGAGCCCAUACUCAUUAACCAGAGCCCUGCUACCUGUGCCAAACCUGAAUGUCAAUUUCCGGCCCACACUGGCAAGUCAUUAAAGGUUUCAGCUAUGGGCUGGUGUUACCCGUAUCACCGACAGGUACUCCUGCGCGCUGUGUGUGUGUCCUCCAGAGGCCAUGCCUUUGCUUCCGGUUCCGGUCUCUGAUUGGGCUCAGGGAGGGAGCGGGAGAUGCUUCGGGUUGCAUUCCUGCGUCACAGUCACACAAUUGCUGUUGCUGGAACCAUGACUGGAGGUACCUGGGAAUCCCCCCGGGAUGUGAGGUGCCUACAGUCUCGUUCUCUGAGCUCCGUUCACUCCUAGCCUCAGGCAGGGCCCGGCUCUUCGAUGUUCGAUCUCGCGAGGAGGCCGCAGCUGGUACCAUCCCUGGGGCACUCAACAUCCCUGUGUCUGAGUUGGAAAUCGCCUUGAACAUGGCCCCGGCUGUUUUCCAGGCUUCGUACUGUGCUGAGAAGCCAAAGCUCGAAGACAAGAAUCUUAUUUUCUUCUGUCAGAUGGGCAGGAGGGGCCUCCAGGCCACACAGCUGGCACAAGGCCUUGGAUACACAGGGGCUCGAAACUAUGCGGGGGCCUAUAAGGAAUGGCUGGAGAAAGAGGGCUAGGUAAAGCACUUCCGGGUUGUGACCUUUCUCAUGGCCACCUUGCUGGCCUGGGCAAGUCACUGUAGUGCUUCACAUAUGAAAAACUCAAAUAAAGAGCAUUUAAUCAA